AUGGGAGAUCGUGCCACAAAGACCGCUCUGUGGCUCACUCACAGCACUCCUCAGUUCCCAAAGAGAAACCAGAACCAUUUCUGGCCUCUCAGCGGCGCAAAGAACGGCCAGACCUUCCUGUGUGUGUCGCUGCCGUUCGCUGAGCUCGGGAAAGUGGGGCAACACCUGCGGUACAUCCGAGCCUAUUCCUUUGACUUCGACCUUCCCACCGACUUCCCAAAUGAACUCCAGAAUGCAGCCAGCUGGUUAUUCCCCGCGGCGGGAAACACAGAGCUGGGAAAUUUCCAGGUGAUGUCCACCAGGGGCAGUGUGGAGCUGAAGAUGAUGGCCAAACCAACUGGUACAUCAGUCACAGUUGGAGACCUGUACGUGAAGUUGGCGGCGGGCUUGAACAGUGACGUGCGCGUUCACGUCUGGGGCUGUCAGCGAGACGAGAGCUUCUGUGAUAGGGGUCAGAAGCAGGUGCUGAGCGUGGAGAGACUCAACACGGGCAUCGGCAUAUGGCAGACCGGCAGAGACCACUCCAAAUGGGCCGUGACCACAGCCCCCGGCGUCACCUGGACCUGCUUUGGAGACGUGAACCGCAAGGACACGCAGUACGAGCGCUGGGGCGGCGCUCUCUGCAUCCAGAACGCUCAGCUCAACCACUUGUUCAAAGACAUCAGCGAUCAGACCCUGCAGUGCCGCAAGAGGCCCCACGCCUGCUCCGACGACGAACUGAGCUCUGGAUCUGACUCCGACUCCAGCUUUCGCUGA